AAACUCCUCCUCCUACUUUGACGCAAUGAAAUGCUCUCAUUUCCGAGGCGUUUCCAUUACUUAAAUAAUCUGCGUUAAAAUCUACAUUUUGAUUAAAAUACGCUGUCGUCACGCAGCAGAGAUGAAGUGUGCGCGCGCUUUCAGACGGAGGAUCAGUACUGCACUGUGAGUGUGACAUACAGGAAGCGCUCCACUUCAGCUCAAGGACACCUACCACUGCUGCACUGCAGAUUCAUUGCAAUGGUCUCAGGUAUGGCGGAGUUGCUGCGGUUGCUCCUGAGCGUGGCAGAAAAAGCUGCCAAUGUGGCACGGGUCUGUCGACAGGAAGAAGCACUUUUUGAACUUUUGGUACAGGAAAAGACAGGAGUUGACAAAAACAAGAAAUUUGUCCAAGACUUUAAGACGCUUGCUGAUGUGUUGAUACAGGAAAUGAUUCGCCAUGAUGUUUGUGCCCAGUUUCCAGAGCUGACUGGCUUUAUUCAAGGAGAGGAGUCAAACAAGUUUGAGAAUGGACUUGGGGAGAGCGUAACUGUGACUGUGUGUGCUCAAGAAGAGGACACGACUGCUCUGUUGGCUAAAGUUCUGGAUGGUGAUCAACACGCUGCGUCCCUCCUGACCACGGUGAUCCACCAGGACCUUCAGAUUAGAGACGAGACGGCUGAAUCUCUGCAGCUGUCCAUCAGCCCAGCCGAUGUGGGCAUCUGGAUCGAUCCCAUCGAUGGUACAAGUCAGUACAUUGAAGGGAAGGAGGAAGAGGAGCCAGAUGAAGGCUUUUGUCAGUCUGGACUCCCAUGUGCUCUGGUUCUGAUUGGGGUUUACUUACGAUCCACUGGUCAACCGGUCAUGGGUGUCAUAAACCAGCCGUUCAACCACAAAGACUCCACGGGUGAAGGAUGGAAAGGCAGGCAUGUCUGGGGUGUUUCGUACGGAGAUGUGAACGUUUGCUCUGUCACCCAGCGCAGGCCGCUCUGUCCUCAAACCAAAGAUCAUUUGUCGGUGCUGCUGAGCUCCAGCGAGAGGCCGGCUGUGAGGGACGCUCUAGCAUCUGUCUCCAGCGGCUCGCUGAUGUACGCGUCCGGUGCGGGAUACAAGAUCCUGUGUGUGGUGCAAGGUCUGGUGGAUGUGUAUGUGCUCUCCGAGGCCAGCACGUUCAAGUGGGACUCGUGCGCUCCUCAUGCACUUCUGCGGGCGCUGGGCGGGGGCGUCUCAGACCUGAGCGAGUGCCUGCGUGCCCACCUCGACGGAAACCAGGGACACGCAGCUGAGCUGACCUACCAUCAACCUCACACCGAGAGUCAGGGUGUGGACAGAUGGGCCAACCGAGGAGGAAUAAUCGCAUAUUUGGACUCCAGCGUCAUUCAUAAAGUCGUGGCAGCACUUGCUGGAAAGAUAUGAUACAAGUAUUAUGAUACUGAAAGGCAAGAGCUUAGUGUACUGUAUGUUUGUAUUGUUAUGCUUAAUCUCUUGUUCUUAAUGAUGCUAUUUUAUGGUAAGAUUUCAUGGCGUAUUCAAGUAUUAAUUUAAGGCUAUAGCUUUUCUGGAGAAAAUAUAUAUGAUAGUACUUAUCUACAAUGUAUGUAUCAGUAAGUUUUAUUUUUUGGAAUAAGUUGAUUCUAUUUUCAAGACAAAAAGGAAACGGUUUUGUCUUAUUCUCAUGGUAAUGGUGUGUAAAUGUUUCCGAUCAUGUCAUGUUUUGAAGUUUACACAUUCAGGCCCUUUUGUGGUGUAUUUUCUUUUACUUUUAUCUGUCCCCUUAUAUUUGGGGGAAAUUAGUUUCGUAACAGUCUCUGCUUUUAGACACCACCAGUCAAAAGGUUUUUAGUUUUUUUUUUUUUCAAAAACAUAAAAAAAAAGGCCACAAUUAUUCUUAAAUAUUAACUGUGAACCGUGUAUGGCACAAAGAAAAGCAGAUGUGCAGCUUUGAUGUCUUUACAUACAGCAACCCUUGUUCAUUUUAUGGCUCAUCAUAUCCUCAUUUACCGAAAUAUUAAAUAAUGAAGACUUUCUAUUUGAAGAAACACAAAUCAUUGUUUUGUUGUUGCAACGGAAAAACUUUGAGAAUUAAGAGAAUUAUUGGGAAAGUGUGUUAAAGAGCACAGAGAGGACCAUGGAUGCCCUCUUAUGUGCAGAAGAGUGAAUUUAUUGCAAAUACUGGAUAAGUUUACCAUCAAUAAAACCUCUUUGGAAAAGGGGCAUAGUUCUGUAAUGCUUGAAAAAUAUCCACUAUAAUGUUCUCACGAAAGGUGACGGAAAUCAAAAUGUGAAAAGAGGUUGCAGAAGUUAUAUAAAUGUUAAUUUGACAGCUAUUUACGGUCCUAAAUGUUAAUGGUACAAUAGCAAAAAUCUUUUUUUUUUUUUAACAUGUUGGUGUUUUAUCUUUCACUUGCAUUGAGUAAAUAAAGCUAGAUAAAGCAAAAA